AUGGCAGUGGAGAAAAGGUUAGAUGAGUCUUUAAGGGACUACAUUAGGAGGUUCAACAAUGAAACAAACACAAUUCCAAAGUUACAACAGGAGAUUGUAGUUAUGGCGUUGAUGAACGACCGUAACAAUUGUGAGUUCAAACACUACUUGACAUGGAAGAGUCUCCCGACAUUAGUAGCGGCCUUUAACAAGGCUCAUGAUUACAUAAAAAGUGAAGAGUUGUUGAAGACAAGUAAUAGAGCUAUGCCAAUAGAUAAAAAUCAACAUCCGUCUGAUGAAACAACGUCUGGAAGUAAUAGGUCGAGAGCCCCAAGUCCGGUGAGAGGGGGUGGAAGCCGGCAUGAAGUAAAAGGUGCAAGAGAACCGGCACGGUACAAUAAUUUUACCCCUUUGAACACGCUGAGGGCCGCUAUUUAUUUGGUGAAUCAGAAUAGAGAAGAUUGGUUGAAAGAUAACAUAGAAGAGCUGAUAAGAAUAGGGUAUCUAACUCAAUAUCGUCUGCAUUCGGGGGGAGGUCAGCCACCCAUACCUUUUCGUCAGAUAGAGUACCAGCAACCAGAGAUUAGAAAUGAUAGGCAGCAAGGCGGGAUGAACCAACAGGGAGAUGGGAGGCAGCCCCCAUUAUCAUCCGGAAAGAACAUUGUAGUUGAUGUGAUUACUGGCGGGCUAGUGCAUGAGGGAACGACAAGCGGAGCAAGAAAGAGUUUGUCUAAACAUCGGCAUAUAGUGAAUCCGCUGGAUGUUGACAACCGUUCUCGGCCUUCUGAUAUUCCUAGCGUCACCUUCACAAAAGGGGAUGCAAGGGGAAUUGUUUUUCCUCGUGAUGAUCCUCUGGUGUUGAUUUUUAUGAUAAAUGGGGCUGAGAUAAAGCGAGUUUUAGUUGAUGGCGGAAGCUUUGCGAAUAUCUUAUUUAUGAAGGCCUUUGAUGCAAUGAUGAUAGGCAGGCAAUACCUAACAAAGGUCGCUUAUCCUGUGAUUGGGUUUAAUGGCUCGACUGUAAGGCAAUAG